AAUUGCGCAUUCAUUGUCCUCAUGGGCAGAGUGUCUUGGACUAUAAUGGAAAAUUGUGUACUUUAUGGGAUGAAUUGCGCAUUCAUUGUCCUCCUCCGGUGUGUUCUUGCGGAGGGUGUUCGUGUGGUGUAACAGCCAAGUUUGCCAAAGAAACAGAGAAAGAGAAGCUUCAUCAAUCAAUUCUUGUUAGGACUUGAUGAUGCGCGAUUCGGCGGGUUAUGUACGAACUUGGUUGGCACAACACCCUUACCUUCUCUUGGUGAAGCAUAUUCCAAAGUUAUCUGCGAAGAACAACGAUUGUCCUCUGCUCCUGGUCGUGAACAGUUACGUGAUGCCGUGGGACGUGAAUCCCAUGAGCCUUCGAUAGUCAAGGAAGCAAUCCCUGAAUCGGUUGCGUAUUUGGGACGGUCUGAUCAUCAAGGCAAUCAUAAGUUUGGAUCCUCUUCCAUUCUAAAACCAGGAGGCAGGACACUCUGUUCUCACUGUGGGAGAAUAGGGCACGACAAACGUGAUUGUCGGCAGCUCGUUGGUUUCCCUGAUUGGUGGGAUGAGCGUCCACAAGGUCGAGGCAAUGGAAGAUGGCUGAGAGGAAGAGGAGGAACUCCAAAUCAAGUUGAGUUUGCCUAUAAACUUGGAAUGGAAGCAAUCUCUUCUAAGAACAAGAUAGAUAUGCCUACUCGGAUACAUUCGAAAACCACUUGCCGUAUCUGUUUCGACGAUAUCAAUGUUGAUGAGAUGUUUUAUGUUCAUCCAUGUCGUCAUAUAUUUUGUUCCGAAUGUGUGGAAGGACAUAUAGAGGUGAGACUAUCAGAGGGGUAUAGGAUGACAUGUCCUCGGUACCUCUGCAGAUCUGAGCUGAUUUUGGGAAAUUGUGUCAACAUUUUGACACCUAAACUAAAAGAGAUGUGGCAACAAAGGGUGAUAGAUGAAUCGAUUCCUGUAACGGAUAGAGUUUAUUGCCCGAUCCCGACGUGCUCAGCUUUGAUGUCAGUAUCCGAGUUUGAUCAACGCACUGGAGUUAGGAGUUGCUGUGUCAAAUGCGGUGAACACUUUUGCAUCAAGUGCAAAGUUCCAUGGCAUAAUAACUUAUCAUGCUGCGAGUACAAGAGGUCACAUCCAAAUCCUACAGAAAACGAUAAAAAGCUCGAAACACUAGCAAAUAAGAAACUGUGGCGUCAAUGCAGCAAGUGCCAACAAAUGAUCGAGCUUGCUAGUGGAUGCUUCUUCCUAAUUUGCAGGUUGAUAUUAUCUCUACUUCACAUCUCCUUUAAUAUUUCUUUGAUUUUGAUAAUAUGCAUAUAACAACACUUGUUUACUUGACGAGUGGCAGAUGUGGGCAUAAAUUUUGCUACAAAUGUGGAGCAGAUGCUGGAUAUUGCUCUUAUGGUCAUGGCACUUACCGUUUGGAUCAACUACAAGCCCCACAAGGUGAUCGAAUGGGUCAUGGCACUUACCAUUUGGAUCAACCACAAGCCCCACAAGGCCCAGAUUAUAUGCAUAUUGCUCAAAUAGGUAGUGCUGCCAUUUUUGUGUUGAUACUCCACUUUAUGCAUGCAUGGUAACAGUUUGUAGCAUUGUUUUUGGUUUUUGAUAAACCAAUUAAUUAUCCUUCCUUUUCAGUACUAGGAUUAUGGAAAA